AAAUUUUGGUUUCUUGUUUAUUUAUUAUCGUAAAUAGUUGUUCAUUAUAAUAAUUAUUAAACUGUAAACAAGGUGAAAUUAAACAAUAAUAAAAAGCGUUGUAUUCUAUAUCUACUCUUAGGAAAACUAUAUAAGUAAAAUGCAGAAAGAAAAGAAAUGGCUAAAACCAUUUUUUGAUUUUGACGACGAUCAGCCUACUAAGAAACCAAAAAAAAGUGUAGUACUUAAAAAAUCGGUGAGCCAUAUCGAGAAAAUCGCAUCAGCUUCCGUUUUACCAAACAUAAAUCAUAAAAAUUGGAUGAAAAACUUUGAUCCAGUGAAUGUAGAAGACUUAGCAGUAAAUAAUAAGAAAAUCCAAGAGGUAGAAGAAUGGAUAAAAGUGGUCAACAGCAAUAGUACAUGUAGUGAUAUGCUGCUAUUGACAGGACCUGUGGGGUGUGGCAAAACCACUACUGUGCAUACUAUUGCCUCUAAAUAUAAAAUGAAGGUUACCGAAUGGAUAACACCAGUUGAUAUAGAUAUACCUACAGAUUAUGGUGACUAUGAAUACAAGGAAAAGCAAUCUACAAAAUUUUUAGACUUCAUUUUAAAAGCUGCAAAUUUUUCAUCAUUGUUGGAUAGUAAUAAUAGUAAACUGGUGUUAGUAGAAGAUUUCCCCAACACCUUUAUUAGGACACCUUCUGAAUUCACAGAUAUUCUGAACCAAUACAAGAAUAGAGCAAAGUCACCAAUAGUUUUUAUAUGUUCAGAAUCACAUUCAGAUGGUAAGAACACAGCAGCAAGCCUUUUCACACCAAGUCUAAAGGAACAAUUUCAAAUACAUCACAUCACGUUCAAUGGUGUAACUGCAACAGGAUUGAGAGCUGCACUUAAGAGAGUUGCAGACAUAAUAAAUAAAAAGCAUAGUGCAGUGUACAAUAUUCCAACAUCUGAUGUCAUAGAAUGUGUAGUGAAUUCAUCCACAGGGGAUGUUAGAUCUGCUGUACUUAAUCUACACUUUGCAUGUCUGAAAGGGUCAUCACAAAAUUUGGAGACAAGUUUAAUAGAAGAGAAGGAGACUAAAAGUAAAACCACUAAGACCACUAGAAAGAAAAAGCAAGCAUCCAGUAGAUUUUUGUCACUAGGUAAAGACCAGACUGUGAGCAUUUUACAUGGUGUUGGAAGAGUAUUGAAUCCCAAAGUGACAGAAAACGGCAACUUUACCCACCCGCCGACAGAAAUAAUCGAGCAGUUUGUGAGCCAGCCUACUUCAUUUGUGAAUUUUCUGGAAGAAAACUAUUUAGUUCACUUUUCCUGUUCAGUAGACGCUGAUAGGGCGGCGUCUGCACUAAGUGACGCCGACUAUUUGCUGGGAGAGUGGAGAGAAAAGAUGUGCCAAGAAUAUGGUUUAUAUGUCGCAGUGUCUGGUCUUAUGUUGGCUAAUAAAGCACCUCUGUCAGCGUGGAACCCAGUGAGAGGGCCUAAAAAUAUGAAGAUUAAUUAUCCCACACCUAGAGAAAUACCAUUAUUGGAAGAAAAUUACUUAUAUAAAGGAAAAACCCUAGUUUCAGAUUACCAAACCUAUUGCAAAAUUAUAGGCAGUAAGCCUCGGCCCAAACAAACAAAUGGAAUUGAAAUUGAAUUUUAACAGUUGACUAUGUAUAUAAGCAAUAAAAGAUUUAAUAA